CAAGAAGUUGCUAAUAUUUCACAAUCAAUGGAAAACGUUUCUAUCAACGGAGGAUUAAUGGAUAUCGAUACUAGUUAUAAACAAUCCAAUAAUUUAAAUAAAGAAAAUAUUACUCCAAUUGGAUCACCAACAAAAUCAAUCUUACAUACCACCCCCCAAAAUAAUAAUCAUAAAUUAACCAGUUUAAACCUUCAACAAAAAUUAUAUCAACAACAACAACAACAGCAACAACAAAUAAAACUUCAAAAUAUUAAUAAUAAUAUUAAUCAAUUACAACCACAAAAUUAUAAAUCAAGAAGAUAUCAAGAAGAUUUUUUGAAAAAAUCAAAUGAUCCAAAAAUUAAAAGAUUAGCUUCGGUUACUCAAUUAUAUUUCUUAGACUAUUAUUGUGAUAUGUUUGAUUAUGUUAUUAGUCGUAGAGAAAGAUGCCAAAAAGUAACGAAUCAAUUAUUAAAUGAUUCAAAUUUUAAUUUAAAUCCUCAAAAACAACAAUUAGAAUGGAAAAAUUAUAUCGGUAGAGAAAGAGCCUUAUUGCGUAAAAGAAGAUUGAAACCAAAACAUAAAGAUUUCCAAAUGAUUACUCAAGUUGGUCAAGGUGGUUACGGUCAAGUCUUUUUAGCUCGUAAAAAGGAUACUAGAGAAAUUUGUGCUUUAAAAAUUUUGAAUAAAAAUUUGUUAGUUAAAUUAGAUGAAACUAAACAUGUUUUAACUGAAAGAGAUAUCUUAACUAAUACUAGAAGUGAAUGGUUAGUUAAAUUAUUAUAUGCGUUCCAAGAUCCAAAUAAAGUUUUUUUAGCAAUGGAAUUUGUUCCUGGUGGUGAUUUUAGAACUUUAUUAAAUAAUACUGGUUAUCUUAUACCUCCUCAUGCUAGAUUUUAUAUUAGUGAAAUGUUUGCUAGUGUUGCUUCAUUACAUGAUUUAGGUUAUACUCAUCGUGAUUUAAAACCAGAAAAUUUCUUAAUUGAUUCAAAAGGUCAUAUUAAAUUAACUGAUUUUGGUUUAGCUGCCGGUACUGUUUCAAAUGAUAGAAUUGAAAGUAUGAAAAUUAAAUUAGCAAAUUUACAAAAUUUAGAUGAUUAUAAAGUUCCUUCAAAAUUAAUGAUUGAAAGACAAAAAAUUUUUAAACAAUCAAAAGGUCAUCAUAAUUUAGCAAAUUCAAUUGUUGGUAGUCCAGAUUAUAUGGCUUUAGAAGUUUUGGAAGGUAAAGAUUAUGAUUAUACCAUCGAUUAUUGGUCUUUAGGUUGUAUGUUAUUUGAAUCAUUAUGUGGAUAUCCUCCAUUUAGUGGUUCAAAACAAGAUGAAACUUAUUAUAAUUUGAAAAAUUGGAAAACUGCUUUAAGAAGACCCCAAACAAAAGAUGGUAGAUUUGUUUUCAGUGAUCGUACUUGGCAAUUAAUUACUAAAUUAAUAACUUCUCCAAAUCAAAGAUUGAAAAGUUUUAAACAAAUUCAAUUAAUGCCUUAUUUUGCUGAUAUUGAUGAUUGGAAUAAUUUAAGACAAAAAAAUCCUCCGUUCACUCCUCAAUUAGAUAAUGAAGAAGAUGCCGGUUAUUUUGAUGAUUUUGAAGAUGAAGAAAGUAUGCUUAAAUAUAAAGAUGUUUUUGCUAGACAAGAACAUAAUGAAAAUUUAUUAGAUAAAUCAAAACUUUCAAAUUCAAAUAAUAAUUUCAUUGGUUUUACUUUUAAACAUAAAUUAAAUCCAAAUAAUAAAUUCCAAAAUGGUGAAAUUAAUUUAUUAAACUUAAACAGUGGCAGAUUGAAUGGGGGAAGUAUCGGUGGUGGUAACGUUGGGUUAGCAAGUAGAUUAGAUCCUUUGGCUACUUUAUAUUAAUUCUACUUUUGCAUUCUUUUUUUCUUUUUUUUUUUUUUUUUU